AUGUUAGUGGCAUAUCAAGGUGCACCCCAGUCUAUCCAAUUCAGACCUUAUUGGGAAUUGCAGUAUCCUUCUAAUGAAGGCCGUUCGGACAAGCGCACAGAAGACGAGCUCAUCAUAGAAUUGCGAGAACGUUUAGUGGAAGCAGUGCGGAUGCGACUGGUCUCAAGCGACGUUCCUGUGGGAUUGUUGCUUAGUGGCGGUGUCGACAGUAGUGCGGUCGCAGGAAUCGCCGCGCAUCUGAGCCAUCAGCAAGAAACACCUCCAGAGAAGUUGCCAACAUGCUUCACGAUUGCGUUCCCAGACGACAGCGAUCUGGAUGAAUCGGCCAUUGCUGUUCGGUCGGCAGAACAUAUCGGCCUACCGAUCGAGAAGAUUGUAGUCGAUGAACAGGUUUUGGCCGAUCAAUUCGAAGAAUCUUGCUGGCUCGGCGAGGCCCUCAUGUGGGACCUGCAGCAUAUCGCUAAGAAGGCAAUGAGUAAGCAUAUUCGCUCGCGUGGGCUGAAAGUUGUAUUGAACGGCGACGGAUCCGAUGAAUUAUUCGGCGGAUACAGCUUUUUCGUCGAUAGCCGCCUUCAGGCUGAAGAUCGACGUCGCGACCCCAACAUGAAGGAGCCCGACAGUUUGGAUGACUUGAACCAAAUACGAGAAAAACAAGCUGAUGCCUCGCGGUGGUUCGGUGGCGAGCAAAAUACCAAUGCAGAGCAGGACCCCGCUGCUCAGUCAAACAACAUACCUGCGCCUUUUUGCAACCUGGCAGUGUUGGAUCCUGCCGAUUGGCUUCUGCCCGAGCUCCGCGACAUAAGCACUCCCUUGACUGCAGUGGCUAACACCUUCACCGAGAAGGAGGCUGCGAAUAUGAAGGAUCUCCAUCCUCUACACCGCAGCAUGACAGCUUGGAACAAAACAAUUCUCCCAAACAUGGUUAUUGCUGCAAUCAGUGACGGCGCAAAGAUGUCGCACUCGGUAGAAUCACGACCUCCGUUCCUAGACCAUGUCCUCUCCGAGUGGGCACAAAAGCUCCCUAUUGAUGUGCUUGUCCACGUGGAAGAAGGCGGUGGAGUCACUGAAAAAUGGCUUUUCCGUCAAGCUGUCCGGCCGUUUGUCACAGAAGAAGUUUAUCAACGACGGAAACACCCCUUCUCAGCACCAUUUCGGUGGAAACCCGGAGGACCGCUGCAGAAGAAGCUGGCAUCUUUGAUCACGAAAGAGAACGUUGCGAAGCUAGGCUUCGUAGACUGGGAUCGAUGUGAAGAUCUUGUCGACAAGGUUUUCCAUGACAAGGACGAGGGAAAGUUUCGUAGUGCCAUUUGGCUGGCGCAGAUCAUAUCGAUUGGAUCUCAAUUCGGGGUGCAGACAUGGCAGAGGUCAACAAAUGGUGGGCCUUCAGAGGUGAAAACCAAUGGCGAGCACACGAACGGAGACGAAACACACGGGACUGUCAACGGCCACGUCGAGACUUGA